AUGUAUACCGCCGGCGGGGUUGCUGCAUUCUGGGCAUUGGACAGGGAGUACAACGCGUCCGCGAUAGCGAGGAAUAUCAGGACAUUCUGGACGUGUGCGAUGAUUGCAAUAGAUUACAAGAUGUACUUCAAGCCAGAAUUGAGCGAUAGCAUACCAGCUCUCCAUCAGCUUGUAGCAGAACGAAUGUACGACUUAUUCACGUCCAAUGGCGGAUUGUACAUCAAGAUAGGACAGGCAUUCGCGAAUAACGCCGCGUUGAUGCCCCGUCCGAUGCAAGAGAAGUUCUCAAAACUAUUUGACGAUGCUCCACAGGUGCCAUAUAGUGUCGUGGAGUCUGUCUUCAAGCGCGAAUUCGGCCGACCGCCAGCAGGACCAGACGGUAUCUUCGAGAUAUUCGAAGAACAGGCCGCAGCUAGCGCGAGCAUAGCGCAAGUCCAUCGCGCUAAAUUGAAGCCCGACGAUGGUGGGAGCUGGGUCGCGGUUAAGAUUCAAAAGCCGGAAGUCAGUAAGCAGGUCGAAUGGGACUUGGGUGCAUUCAGGGCGGUCAUGUGGAUCUACGAAAAGUACCUCUUCGACAUGCCCGUCUAUUUCACUGUUGAUUUCAUCUCUGAUCACCUCCGGCGUGAGCUCGAUUUUGAGUUGGAGGCUAGAAACGCGCUCAAAACCACCGAGUUCGUGGCUUCCGAGCCGCGCCUGUCCGACAGGGUCUACAUCCCGCGCGUCUAUCCCCAUCUCUCCACGAAGAAGGUCAUGGUCGCCGAGUGGAUCGACGGCGUGCGUCUGAGCGACCGGCGUGGCAUCCGGGCCCUCAUGGGCGAGGGCGAAGGCGAGACGGACGUCCCAUUGCGCUUUGGCACGCUGCGCGGCGGCGUUGCGUCGAUUAUGCAAACGAUGGUCGAGCUCUUCAGCGCGCAGAUCUUCGAGUGGGGCUGGGUGCACUGCGACCCACACCCCGGGAACAUCAUCGUGCGCCCGCACCCGCAACACCCAACGCUCCCGCAGUUCGUCUUGCUCGACCAUGGCCUGUACGUGCGUCUCUCGCGUGACUUCCAGCAGCAGUAUGCGACACUCUGGACGGGACUCAUGACGCUCGAUUUGGACGUGGUGAAGGCCGUCGCGGGGCAGUGGGGCAUUGGCGCUCCUGAUCUGUUUGCGAGCGCGACGCUGAUGCGACCCGUCCGCUUUGCCGGGCAAGAGCAGGAGGCGCAGGAUUGGGAGGAGAUGACAGAGUAUGAGCGCAGUAUGCUCCUCAAAGAGAAGCUCAAGAGCUUCCUGACGGACACCGACAAGAUACCCAAGCCGCUCAUAUUCAUUGGGCGGAAUAUGCGGAUCGUACAAGGAAACAAUCAAUCCUUCGGCUCACCCGUGAAUCGCAUCCGCAUCACGGGCUCCUGGGCGUCGCGCUCGCUCACCUUGUCGCCGAACCUCACACUCGCACAGCGCCUGAAGGAGUACAAGAACUACUUCAAGUUCCUGCUCGCGACAUUCAUGAUCGAUCUCGCGUUUUGGGCAAACAGGGUGCGGCAGUGGAUGCGGCACAAGAUGGGGCUCACAAGCGAGGGCUUUGAGGAUGAGCUCGAGCGGAGCAUGCGGGGCUUUGCAAAGCGCAAUCUGGGGAUUGAGCUCGGGCCGGGAGUGUUUGAGGGAUAG